AUGGAGGAGCCAGAGAAGGGGGAGAUAUUCUGGAGGAACACCAAGCUGGGGCUGGGCAGCCAUCCAGGGGCAACGGCGGCCAGCCUCCUCACCGACGACCUCAUCCUGGAGAUCCUCUGCCGUCUCCCCGUCAGAUCCGUCCAUCGCUUCAAGUCGGUCUCUGUACUCUGGCAUGACCUCAUCGCUGACCCCGCCAACCGCAAGAAGUUUCCCGAGGCCCUUGCGGGCUUCCUCUACACGACCAUCAGCAACAACGGGGGACACCACCACUUCGUGAGCGUCUCCGGCACCGCAGCCCCGUUUGACCCUUCCAUCCCUUACCUGCAGCCAAACAAGUACAGUGGCAUCACCCAGGUGGACGCUUGUAGUGGCCUCCUUCUCUACCGCCGCUACAACAGCAAGGAUGAUUCCCAUUUGGUCGUGUGCAAUCCCGCCACCGGGAGGUGGGUUGAGCUGCCCCCUCAACCUCAACCUCAACCGCUGGAGCUGGCAAACAGACAUACCCAUGCCACAGGUCUGGCUUUCGACCCGGCAGUCUCGUCCCAUUUCCACGUUUUUCAUUUCGAGGAGACAUAUGGGGGAGGUUACAUCACAGGAGUGAACAUCUACUCCUCCCGGACAGGAACUUGGAGUCAUAGGAAUAGUGGGAUGGUUGAGAAAGUUACGUUGUUUUACGGUAGUAGAUGCGUCUUUGUUGGCGGCUUGCUCUAUGUUAUGGGCAACCUUAAUUACAUCAGCAACGAUUAUGUGUUGCUGGGGGUAGACAUGGAGGGGAAAGUGUGGAAGACCAUCAGUGUGCAAGGACUUGGUACGAUUGGAUCGUCGCAGGGGUGCUUACACUAUGGUAUAGCUUCCGUCGAUGAUAACAAGCAAAUCUUUGGGAUAGAACUCUGGUGCCUCCAGGAUUGUGAUAGUAAAGAAUUGGUCUUGAAGCAUACUGCCAGAUUCAGCGAGCUUAUGAGCAUGACUGGGAAGAAGCACAGGGUGGUCGGGAUUCAUCCAGAUUGUGACACCAUUUUCUUGCUUUCACAUGGACGUGGUGAUACCUUAGUAGCGUACGACGUGCGAAAUAAGAAAGAUGGAUGUAUCUUUAAUCUUGAGAAAAACAGUACACAACGAUUUCUAGCUUAUGCUCCUCUGUUCUCAGAGUCAUUGGCAGAUGCAUAUGGGCAGUAG